AAGUCCCGUUCCUGGCGUCGAGCGCCCGCCGAUUGGCCGGGACGCACUCAACGUCACCGCGUCCGCCACGCCCCUGCUAGCGCGAGACCAGUCAUGGCGGCGGCGGCGGCGCGGGCGCUGACGCUGCCGGCAGUGGUGGAGGAGCUGCUGAGCGAGAUGGCGGCGGCGGCGCGGGACGGCGCGCCGAUUCCUGAUGAGCAUCUAUUAUCGCUGAAGUUUGUCUUUGGCUCGUCAGCCGUCCAGGCCUUGGACCUCGUGGAUCGCCAGUCCGUCACCUUAAUGUCAUCACCCAGUGGGAGGCGCGUGUACCAGGUGCGUGGGAGUUCCGGUAGAACAUACGUGUGUUUGGCCUCUUGUCAUUACUGUUCGUGUCCGGCAUUUGCCUUCUCGGUGCUUCGGAAGAGUGACAGCCUGCUGUGCAAGCACCUCUUGGCAGUUUAUCUUAGUCAGGUUAUGAGGACCUGUCGGCAGCUGAGCGUCUCUGACAAGCAACUGACUGAGGUGUUACUGAUGGAAACGACACAAGAAGCACCAUAAAUGGCGCAGAUGGCGCGUCCCUGUCUUUCAACAGAGGAGCCCCGUCC